UGGGAAAAGAAGGAAGAAAUGGCCAACGGCAAUGUGUUCGUCUAUGGGACGCUCCUGGCAGAUGAAAUUGUGCGCAUCCUGAUCAAGCGCGUUCCAUCGAGCUGCGACGCUGUGCUCGCCGAUUACCAUCGAUUCAGCGUGCGCAAUCGCGUCUAUCCCGGUGCUACUUACAGGAAGGGGGACAGAAUCAAAGGAAAGGUUCUACUCGAUUUAACACACGAGGAGCUUCAAGUCAUGGACGAUUUCGAGGGAGAGGAAUAUAAGAGACUUACUGUGGAGCCUUGCUUACUGGAUCAAAGCAUUACGCUCACAGCUUUCGUGUAUGUUUGGGGUGAUCCGGAAGACAAGGAUUUGUUUGGAAGCUGGGACUACGAGGAAUGGAGAUCGAAUGAUCUGGAGAGAUACGAAGCAAUGUGUGAGGAAUAUAUGGACACGGGAAUCAACGUUACUUGAGGUGAGAAGAACUCGCGCGGGAUUUUUAUUCGAUCGAAGAAACAGGUUGUAUACAAACGAUGAAUUCAUCGUU